AUGGUGUUCAACAGAGGGUUCAUUGCUAAUGCACUGCUUCAGCUGGCAAAGGAGAGCUACCUGACCUACCUUCAGUCCAAUGUUCUGAUGUAUCCUAAAAACAGGAGUUUGCAUAACUCAAAUGAAGAGUACUGGAUAAAUGAAUACACCUCCACCUUGGGGAUUGGUGUCUUCCACUCUGGCAUCGAGAUCUACGGCAGAGAGUUUGCCUAUGGAGGGCAUCCCUACCCUUUCAGUGGGAUUUUUGAGAUCACACCUGGCAGUGCGGUAGAACUUGGCGAGACCUUUAAGUUCAAAGAAUCCAUUGCCUUGGGCACCACAGACUUCACAGAAGAGGAUGUGGAUAAGAUUAUGGAAGAGUUGGGCAAGGAGUACAAGGGAAAUGCAUACCACCUGAUGCACAAGAACUGUAAUCACUUCUCUGCUGCUUUGGCUGAGAUACUAUGUGGGAAAGAGAUCCCCCGCUGGGUGAACCGUCUGGCCUACUUCAGCUCGUGCAUCCCCUUCCUCCAGAGCUGCCUCCCCAAGGAGUGGCUGACUCCAGCAGCCCUGCAGAGCCACAUCAGCCUCGGCCUCCAUAAGGAGGAGCAGGGAGACACAACGGAUGAGGAGUCCCCCUCCACCUCCACAACUCCCUCAGCCUCAGGCACAUCGAGAACCUGUAGACAUACCCGGGUCUAAACUGUGCCCUGUAUGCCCUCAAAUAACACCCUCUUUUCUCUUGUACCGUUUCUUUCUCACACCCUUUUGCAUACCUUGUUUUCUCUCUUCUUCAAUGGACAACACAGGAGUGGGAAGACCCUUUCUAUUAUGGAGAUGAAGCUUCAGUCCCUUUUCCAAGGGCUUCCACUAUAGUUGCUCAGCAAAAUGACUGUGAACCCCAGUGCUGAACUGAGGAGCAUGGCAACUAAACUGGAUUCUCUUCCCACGGUUCCUUGAUCAUACUCCCUGAUCAACAGAUAACUGCUGUCUCUCUCAGGCAUAAAGGCAUGCAC